AUGACAACCGAAGAGAAGUUCACCAAGCACAUUGGACUUGCCGAUAUCAAACUAAAGGAUAUAAUGUCUACAACCAAGGAUACUGGAGAGCUAGAAAUCGCAUUGGAGAGUGCAGAGAGCAUCAUCAAGAGUUUGGAGAAAGUCAAGGAUGCUACGGCGGAUUAUUUACUCGAUAACGAGAAGGAACUUAGCUACAUUCAGGAGUGGAGUGCUAAAGCGAAAGCGGAAAUCCAGCCUUUUAGGGAGAUGCGACUCGAAAUAAAGAAGAGACUGGAGAACGCAAGAGAUCAGGAGAAGGAGGAAGAAAUGGAAAAGGAGCUUGCAAUGAAAAAGAAGUUCGGAGAUUUGGCUGCUAAGGCUGGAAAUAGUGGAAUGGUUGAAAGCAGUCCAGGGAAACCCGGAAUGGUUCAAGCGGUCAAACUACAAAAGUACACCAUCACGCCAUUUGAAGGAGAUUAUAAGGACUGGACAAGGUUCUGGAAUCAGUACACGGUGGAGGUGGAUGGAUCAACCAUAGCACAGAUAAGCAAAUUUAAUUACUUAUUAGAAUUAGUGAAAGGGAAACCAAGGGAUGAUAUUUUAGGCUUACCCCACACCCCUGAGGGCUACGAAGAGGCAAAAAGGAUUCUACAAAAUACCUAUGGAAAGGACAUUAGAGUCCACCGCGCCCUUAUUAAAGACCUGGAGGAUUUACCGACCAUCAGUGACAUUACUAAAUUAAGUAGUAUUCACGAUUUUUAUAACAAAUUAGCCAGAAUUGUGCGCACACUCUCCACCAUGCAAAAAUUAGAAAGUGCGCAGAGCGCUGUUUACACGCUGUUAGACAAAUUAGGGCCAGUCCGGGAGGUGAUAGUGCAAAGGGAUGAUGACUGGGAAGGGUGGGGACUUAUCCAGCUAGUUGAAAAUCUUGGGAAGUACGUUGAUAGAAACCCAAUCUUGCAAGGGGAAGAUACCCCCACCCUGUCACUUACGAGGAAGCCCCAGGGAGGUCAGGGUGGGCAACAUAAUGGGAGGGAAAGAAUGUUAAUGCACCAGCAGAAUCAGGGACCCCACCCCCCACAGUGUGUCUACUGCAGUGAUAAAUCCCAUAAAUCAAAGGACUGUACAAAAGUGUUAGACACGGCCAGCAGGAGAGAAAUCCUAAUGCAAAAGAAAUUGUGCUACAACUGCACCAAAGGGGGGCAUAUGGCUACCAAAUGCAAAGCGGGAAACUGUGCAAAGUGCAAUUCAAGGCAUCACACCUCUAUCUGCGACAGAGUACAAAGCAGCCUCCCACCCUCAACCCCAGCCAACCCGGGUAAUUCUAGAGAUAGAUUCUAUGGGGCAGUGGACCAGGUACAUACUACUUUACACGCUACGGCCAUAGCGAAUGUCAAUGGCAUCCCAGCGCGCAUCAUGCUGGAUAGUGGAGCUGGGAGCUCAUACAUCAGCUCCAACCUACUAACAAAAUUAAACCUUAAACCAAGCAGGGUCGAAAGGAGGGUCAUUGAGCAGAUGUACGGGACGGUAGAUAAGCAGGUAGAGCUCUACAAAAUACAGCUGGGCUCAACUGUCCUUGACAGCUUUAGAAUGGAGCUCCACUGCAUUAAUGCAGAGAAACCUAUCAUCACUCACCUUCCCAACCCGAGGAUCCCAGAGCUAAAGAAGAAAUACAACAAACUCAGAAGACUGACCUUCAGUGAUGAAACCUCGACAGAAGACAAGCUACCAGUACAUGUCAUACUUGGCGCAGCUGACAUCCAGCGCAUCAAGUCCACUGAGCCAGCGGUGCUUGGCAGCGACCCAGACAAAGACCCCGGAGCUGAGUUCACCAUGCUUGGAUGGGUGAUUGGAGGCAAAGCAGCGAUUUCCGCCGCAGACACAGAAAAGGGUUUCUUCCUCAGCAACUCACAGGAAGAAUUCAACCAGAUGUGCUCCCAGGAAGUACUUGGACUGAAGGACAGUGAUGAAGAGGGAGGAGAAUUCCACAAGAAUUUCCAGGAGGGGUUGCAAAGAUUGGACGAUGGAACCUACUCCACCCGGUUACCAUGGAAACCAGAUCACACAUCCCUACCGUCUAACAAAAGACUAGCCCUAGCAUGUUUGGCGAGCACUACCCGUAGACUGGAGAAGACUGGGAGGAUAGAGGAGUACCAUGACAUUAUGAUGGAGCAACUGAAGGAAGGGAUCUUAAAGCCAGCUCCAGAUACUCCAACAGGGGAGAACGUACACUAUAUCGCACAUACCAUGGUGACGAGGGACGAUGCUCAGACCAGCAAGCUUCGCAUCGUUUAUGACUGUUCAGCAAGAGAGGAUGACAACACCCCAUCUCUAAACGACUGCUUAGAAGUAGGCCCUCCAUUACAACCUAUGCUAUUUGACAUAUUAUUGCGCAACCGCAUGAAUCGUCUCUGUCUCACGGGAGACAUUCAAAAAACAUUUCUGCAGAUUAAAGUUGACACCAAGGAUAGAGACUGCAUGAGACUGUUUUGGUACGACAACCUUAAAGACCGAAACAUUGUAGAGUAUAGGUUCGCAAGGGUAAUCUUUGGCUCGGGCCCAAGCCCCUAUAUUCUGGGCGCUACUCUGCAGAAACAUGUGGCUAGUUACAGUGACAAGUACCCAGAGACUGUGUACCAGUUACUAACUAACACAUAUGUAGAUGAUGUACAGACAGGUGGAGACGACCCUGAACAGCUGCUUCGAUUUAAGCAGGAAGCAAGCGAGAUCAUGGAGAGUGGAGGAUUCCAGCUUCACAAAUGGCACAGCAAUGUCCUUGAGGCGAAGGAGAGUACCUCAGCAGAGAGAGCAGACCGGGCCGUGGACAGGCCACCGGUAAAGAUCCUAGGAAUACCUUGGGACAAGAACAAGGACGAGCUUACGGUCGCAUUCAGCGAUUCCACCGAAGAAGAGGUGAGUGGUGCACUCACAAAGAGGAAGAUGCUAGCAGUGAUCAAUCGCAUCUACGAUCUGCUAGGACUCGCUUCGCCAGUCACUGUGAUUGGCAAAGUACUGUAUAGCAAGGUGUGUCUUAGUGAGAAGAGGUGGGACGAGGCGAUUACAGACGUAGAGAUUGUUAGAGAGUGGAACAAGUGGCUUAAGAGCAUGAAGGCAUGUCCAUCAGUUAGUAUUCCGCGCAGUGUAGUGGAUCAGCACGUGACAAGGAUAGAGCUACAUGGGUUCUCAGAUGCGAGCAAGACAGCCGUAUCGGCUGCGAUUUAUGUAGUAGCCCAUCACGCAGACAGUUCUGUUAGGCAGACAUUGCUUGUCGCGAAGUCAAGAGUAGCCCCUAAAAAUCAGAGCAUUCCUCGUUUGGAAUUAGUUGGCGCACACACCCUCACAAAACUAAUGACUCAUGUUAAGGAAGUUUUGCAGGGUCAACCUAUCCAGAUCUACCAGUGUUGGGUCGACAGCACCACCAUCCUCUACUGGAUCAAGGGCAAAGGUACCUGGUCACAGUUCGUGCGUAACCGGACAAAGGUCAUCCAAGAGAGGGACUACCUCAAGUGGAAUUACGUCCCAACGGAGGUAACAGACAACGAUGAGGUAGCGAGUGAGACGGUGAAGAGCCGCAAGGAGAAAUUACUGGUGGCGACAGAAGAACCAGAGGAAAAGGGACAGGUAGACGCUUUGCUCGAGCAGUGUUCGUCCUACUGGAAGCUUAGGAGAGUCGUUGCUUACAUACAACGGUUUGGUCAUAACUGCAGAUCCAAGAGCAAGCGCACAGGACCACUCACCACAGAGGAGAUCAACAAAGCCGAGUCCACACUGAUUCGUCGUGCGCAAGUGGCAAAGAGGGAGAAAGUGGAGGCUUCCAUGGAGGUGCAGAUAGGCGAAGAUGGGAUAGCUAAAUGUGUCGGACGCAUCGCCGGAUACCAACCCAUCAUCCUACCCAGAGACCACAAGCUGACGACUUUGAUCAUCAAACAAGUCCACGAGAAAGCCAUACACGGGGGAGUGUCAAUGACUAUGAGUCUAGUCCGGGAGAAGUUCUGGGUACCAAAGCUGAGGGCUCAAGUAAAAAGGGUCAUACACAACUGCAACAAAUGUAAGCGAUAUCGGAUAAAGCCAGUGUUGACUCCGGGAUCAACAGCCUCAGCACAGCUUCCGUCAUUCCGUACGGAGUUCUCUGAGCCUUUCGACGUAACAGGGGUCGACUUUGCAGGCCCAAUCUAUUAUCGCACCAAGUCCGAGCAAGGCAAGGCAUACAUCGCGCUGUUUACGUGUGCAGCCACUAGGGCAGUCCAUCUAAAGCUCUGCCCGGAUCUAUCAGCACCAAACUUCCAGAGAGCGCUCAAAGAGUUUGUCGCAAGGAGAGGAUGUCCUCAGAUGAUCGUGAGUGACAAUGGAAAGACCUUUGUGGCAACAGGGAAAUGGCUUUCAGUGCUAAAGAAGGACGAAAGUCUAUCAAACUAUUUGGCCUCUCAAGCGAUCAUCUGGAGAUUCAACAUGUCACGAGCACCUUGGUGGGGAGGCUUCUUCGAGCGCCUAGUCGGAGUCAUGAAGAAUGCGCUCUCUAAAGCAGUUGGGAGGAGCCUUCUCAACUACUGCGAGCUUGAGGAUGCGCUCCUAGACGUAGAAACGGUAAUGAACAACCGACCAUUAGUGUACCAGGGGGAAGAGUUUGAUGAACCCGUCAUCACACCCAACCUGUUGCUCAGGGGGAGACCAGUCCCCAUCCUCGAAGAAGACUUAGAGAAGUUGUCAGAUGCCGGAAACGUGACACGACGGAUGAGGUUUAUACAGCGUAGCAAGGAAGACCUGAAGAAGAGAUUCACAAGAGAGUACGUACAAUCUCUAGAGGAGAGACAGCAGAAGCACGAAGAACGCAGUGGCGAGCAGCUGAAGGUGCCGGAGAAAGGGCGCGUAGUCCUGCUCAAGGAGGAUGUCAAGAAUAAGGCUCAAUGGAAGAUUGGACGAGUAGUGGAGAAGAUUACAGGAAGAGACGGCGUAGUCCGGGGAGUCAAACUGAAGAUGGGGAACGGAUAUGUGAUAGAACGCCCUCUUCAGUUGAUUUGCGACCUAGAGAUUGGUGGGGAUGAUCCGGGGAUCAAGUUAAACCCUAAGGCUCAAGUAUUCAUCCCAAGAGCUGGGUCAAGACGUCAGGCAAAAGACAGCGCCAAGGACAACAUCAAGGGCAUCUUUUUACUGGAAGGAGACUAG